AUGCUCGGGCUCAAUGAGUUUCUAGAUGACCCGAUCACAGAUGAGGUCGGUAAGGAGUUUAAGGUGAUUAUGGACGAUAAGCACGAGAACUGUGCCGACACGGAGAAGGCCAAAGAGGAGCUUGAGGACAAGCCUGAGGGAUCUCAUCGGCUCGGACAGGCCGAGGCAAUGGGAGGAGACGAAGGCCUCAAAGAAGGCGAGAUAAUGGAAGAUGGCGAGAUGGCGACCAGGGAACGAGGCGGCGAGGAUCGUGAUGCGGAUCUGGCAGAUGAGCGAUAG